AUGGAUGAUUUUGUGGAUAUACAAGAUGGCAGUAUGGCCAAUAACAUCAGUUCCCAAGAUGGUUCAAUGGAUUACACAAUGGAGCCCCAGGACACCACGAUGGAUUAUACUAUGAGCCAUGAUGCGACAAACCAAACUUUGUCUCAAUUAACAGACGCAGAAAGUCUUUCAGAAGAACGUGAGGAAGUAGACAUUCCGGUUGUUGAGCUUGCUCGAUCGAUCGGUGUAUCUAGAGAUCAUCAACUUGACAAUACUUCGGUGGAGAUUUUACUUUUGAUGCAAGGAGAUGCUCGUCAUAGUUCCUCUAGUGAUCUGAAUGAUGAUCAUCUGUCUUUAUUUACUACACCAGAAACCAAUACUAAUGAGCGACUCUCGGUAAGUAUCGGUGCCGCACGACUUCUCACAUCUAUAGCACAAAAUGAGAAUAAAGAAUCUAUUGAUACUUUGACGCAUUCUCUACUUGGGCCAAGAGAUGUCAGAAAUCUGCGGAUCGAAAUGCCCAUACUUCAAAGCGACCACGGUUUCGAUGUCAGAAGAUUUGCAAGAAGGGAUGGGUUUGAAGUGAGGCCUCAAGAUAUCAAAUUGCCACUAGAGUUACUUAGUAUUGAGAACAAUGAGGGAUUGGGAUUUCCAUCGGACUUUUAUAAUUUCGAAACUGAGGCAUUCGAAACUAUAGCCAAUGAGAAGAUUGAAGUAACAAGAAACUCGAUGGUCUAUCUUCACACAGCCUUAAAAGCAACGUUAACGAUAGAGAAUGAACAAGAGAUUUGGGAAAGUGAGAGAACACAUUCAAGAAAAUUUCCGGUCUCUUGUCAUGUUACACCACCACUUUCUCCAAUGCUAGCGUCACUACCUGAUAGUCCUCUUCCUUUUGUUUCUUCGGGCUGCGAAAUACCAAUACUUUCAGAUCCCGAUUCCCUUACUUCGCUGGACCUCAAAAGGAUUGAGGAUGAUGUAUUCAAGGAAGAUCUGCCGACAUCUUUACGCAAUCGAUCUGCGACUCAAGUAACAACUCCAGCUUCCAAUGAGCAAUGUGUGAAGCCUGCAGAUCUAUACUCACCACCAGAAUGUAUCAGAAAUUUCGUCCCAUCUUCAUCUCCUGUAGAGAAUAAAAGACCUAUCAAGAAUCUCAAAGUAGAAGAGAUUUUGACUCCACCAAAGCCGUUCGAAGAAUCAGGGCCUAAGGGCGUACACUUCAAUAACAUCGUGGAGGAAUUUCUACUCAGCAGUCGACCUCAGUCUGUGUUUUCCGAACCCGUAAUUGAGACCAAGUUCUUCGAAGAGGCAUUCGGCGACAACGGAGAACGAGCACAACAUCGAGUUGAACAAGAGAGGCUCGCAGAUACGAGAAAUCGUGUCGAAGUACCCGUGAUGGACUUCAGUAUACCUGGACCUCCUUGGAUGAUUACUAAUUUCCGCAGUGUCAAUGCUGUUAAUUUGGCUUUAACGAAAGUAGCCAAGGAUAUCAGUCUUAGUCCCUCAAUGCUUUGGCCUGGACUAAGGAAGUUGCACUCGAAGGUACCAUGGGUACCAUUUGAACAUAACCUGGGAAAUGUGGUCGAAGAAUCUAUGGGCAACGAGAAGACUUGGGAGGCGUUCGUGUGCAGUUUAGAAAAUGAUGAUGUGAUCACAAGUUCAAAUCUCACCUGGAAGAGGGAGGGCUUUCGAAUUCUUCAGGAAGAUGCUGAUGAUGACGGUUAUGAUGAUGACGAACUUGAGUUGGGAUAUUUCCCAAAAGAAUCAGUGAAAACGCCACCAUUAAUUGAGAAUCAAGACCCCAAAACACAAGAUGUUAGUCAACGACAAAAGCCGGCAUGUCAACCCAACCUCAAUACUCACAAAGACUUAAUGGUUCUGUUCAAGCCAUUAAUCACUCCAGAGCUGCGUCGAGAGAUAGCGAAUGCAAAUUUGUUACCAAUUACUAAGAGAGCACGCCCAGAGGUCGGCGAACAAACUUCUUUACUUGGUGGUAUAUUUUCUGCAAGGGAUGAACUUGAUAAUUUUAUGGAGAUACGAGGAGCAAAGAAACCAAGGCUGAUUGAAAGUUCUCAUUUCCCAGUUCCUGGUUCUCCAGCACGUCUGCCAUCGAAUCAAAUUGCCCUGGGCAAGGAAUCUCAAUUUCAAAAGCCUGAGCCCUCUCUUUCGCCUCUCCCGACACCCAUUAUAAAUGCCCCGACAGAACCCAUCUCUAUAAUUCUAUCUUCCACGAUACUCAAAAGCCGCUCUCUUCUCCGCUCCCUCGAAGCCCUGAUUCCGACUCUAAAGAUCUGCGAGCGCGAUUUCUCCGCCCACAAUACUACGGCUUGGAAUCCAGGUUCCGUGAUCCGCUCUCCCAUAACUUCAAGUCUUACUCACGAAGCCGACAUUAUCAUUUCCCCAAGCACGGGGCUUAUUCUUACCACUCUGCAACAUAUCAAGCAAAAGCCACUACCUGGGCAUAAGACUGCCGUUCCGAUUCGUGAUCGAAUGGAGAAAGUUAGUGCACGGUAUGAGAGUUUAAUAGUUCUUGUCGCUUCCCCUACAACCGUUAUAUGCGAAAGUGAUAGUGUCGCCUGGGCUGAUUUCGUCGGUUUCACAUUAACAUUACCCGCAAGCAUCAUUGUGAAUUACAUUCCCGUAGACAAGACUAACAGCGAAGAUCAAAGUAUGGCAAAAUAUAUCUCCUAUCUCAUCAUUCAACACUCUGAAGAUACCGUUUCGAAUCUAGAUCUAGAACUGCUAGAGCAGGAGUCAUACUGGGAGAUAUGGCUGAGAAGAGCGGGAAUGAAUGCUUAUGCGGCUCAAGCAACGAUUGCGGAGUUGAAAGAGCCGGAGCCGAGAUGUAAAAUGGGUGAUGAGGGGUAUGAGAGGGAGAUGGAGAUGAUUCGUGAGGUGGGUCCUUAUGGAUUGACACUGUUCGUAGUGAUGGGGCUGGAAGAUAGGAUUAGGAGAUUGGGCGGGCUAGUGGGAAGGGACGUUUUGGAAAGGGUCAGUAGAGUUGUUGAUCAGCUAUGGGAGUAG